AUGAAAGAAGCUAUUGAAACUAGGAAAAAGGAAAUUGAAGAAAAGAAAUUUAGAAGUAUAAAAGAUGCUAAAGAAUCAGCAAUUAAAGAAUUAGAAGAUUAUUGUAGUGAAGUGGAAAAAGAAUUACCCGAAUUUAAAAAGAUUAUCGACAAGUAUUCUAAAAAAAUUAAUAAUUCCUCAAUUAAUGAUAUUUCUACUUUACAAGGGGAAGCUAGUGCAUUGGUUGUUGAAGAAAGAGUUAAAAGACAGGUCCGAGGAGAAAGAGAUCCAAAUACCAAACUCGAUAAUAAUGCUCUUUUUUAUGGAGCGCCUCGCACCGGAAAGUCAGUAAUGGCUGAAAAACUUGCUUAUGAGGCCGAUAUGUAUCCGUUAGUAGUAAUUCAGGGUUCUAGUUUAACCCCUCGUAAAAAUGAUUAUGAUGCAGCAGAUGAUUUUAAUUUCAAAAGAGAAGAAAACGGAGAAGUUAAGUAUAUUCUAUUUAUUGAUGAGGCUAAUCAGAUAACUACUAGUACUUUAAUUUCUAAAUCUAGUGAAUUGACCUUUUUAAAAGAAUGUAUGGGGAGUGACAGCAGGAUAAACGAAAGAGAUUUUAUGAGAUAUGCUGAGGAGGAAGACAUUACUAAUGAUUUUCCUGAACAUUGA